GCUUGUUCUUUCUAGGUCCCCUUGGCUACAGGCCAAGAAAUACCAACAAAGCUUCCCCUUGAUCUGAUGUGUGUCAAACAUCUUUGCAUGUGUAUUUAUCUUGAGGGGGCUGAGAUUCUGUCUGCUCUUUGCUUGAUAAGAAGCUUCCCAUUAUUACGAUAUCUGGAAAUUCAGAUGGUGUUGAAUAUUGAUCACACUCUAUCGGCUCUAGAUUGUCUUGAAGUGGAAGCUUUUCCGAACGUGAUAUUCCAACACCUAACCGAAGUUAAGCUAAUAGAAGCUACUGGCAGUAUGCGGGAGAUGCAACUUAUCAAGCUUCAGUUAGCCAAGUCUCUGGUGCUCGUGAGAAUGUUAAUCAAUCCCCAGAGGUUCUUGUAUGAAUCUCCAAUAUUAAAUAGACUUGCUAGGCUAACAGCAUUUGAGUUUGCAUCAUCUAAAGCAGAAGUUCUCUUUAUAAGUAGUCAUGUUUGA